GGGAACACUUGUCUGGAGAACGGCUCCUACCUGAUGAACUACCUGGGCUGUGCCAACUGCCAUCAGAGGGACUUUGUGCUGAUCAGCAAUAAAGCCACAGAGGACGAUGAUGGAGAGGAGAUAGUCACAUAUGACCAUGUUUGUAAAAAUUGCGACCAUGUCAUCGCCAGCCAUGAAUACACAUUCUCCGUUGUGGAUGAAUAUCAGGAGUACACUAUGCUCUGCAUGCUGUGUGGAAAAGCAGAGGACUCCAUCAGUGUGUUACCCGAUGACCCCAGACAGUCUGCUCCUCUCUUCUAGACCUCAAACCUGCAGGCCAUGAUUCGCUUUUUUAGAUCGGGUGUCGCCACCAUGGACGUGCUGCACUGCUUCAGGGUUUCAGACAUUUUUUUAUCAUUUUACGCACAUUUAUGUAACACCGCGUUUUAAAGGUCUUGGCUGUUUACGGACUGCUGUAUAUGCUGAUAUCGGUGGAGGAAGACGUAUAACUUUUUAUUAACUUCCAUGACAACAACAAACAUAAUGUAUGUCAAUUGUAUUUUAAAUGAAUAAACAUUUUUAAGAGUUUUA